GUCAUCGACUGCACUACGUUGUCUUACGGAUACUACUAGUGUGUUUUUAAUUCAUCUUUUUAGACAUUUUUAUUCAGUUGCAUCCAUCUAAUCACCUUUUUAUUAUCAGUUAGUUAUUUAUUUAUGUCUACAAAUAUUCAUUCAAAAUAACAGUGCUCUAUUUUCACUACUAAUCAACAUCAAAGUCUGCUCCGGUCCUCCAAUUGACAUAUUUGUUGAUGUCUACGAAGAUCAGUGAAUUUGAAGUGCCUUUAAUUUAAAUAAUUGACACUAUUAAUUGUGCUAAAGAGACAUGAACUUGUGCAAAAAAAUUAAUUAGUGGGUUACAAAGAGUGCUAUUUUUUUUUCUUUUUUUUUGGAGUCAAAUAAACAAUACUUCAAUAUUUUCUGUUGGAAAAUAAUUCCUGCAGUCUUUUUGUUAAUUAAUUAAUAUAUAUAAUAACUUUUGUAUGUAUUAAAUAAGAUAUAUAAAUAGACUAGGCAGCGAAUAUUAUUAACAGAGUGGACUUUUAAUAACUGAUCGCAGAAAUUAAUUAUAGUAUUUUUUUUACGUGCUCAGUUUCUUAUUCAUAUUGAUUAUUAUAAUUUAUACACACUACUUCGAAUAAAAACUUCAUUGCGGCUUUUUGUAUAUAUUACUCUUGAAGAAGAUGAAAGUAUUUGACUGAUUGAAACCACAGCAAAUGCCGUAACAGCUCUCGGGAUGUUCCACGGGAGCGGAAGUGGUGGUUACGGCACGGGAACCGACUACCAAACUCAAUCCCAACAACAGCAGCAACAGCAACAACAACAGCAACAGCAGCAACAACAACAUAAUCAACAGCUUCAAACUCCUGUAUACGUUCCUUCAUCGAGACCUGCAAUUCCAUCAGCAGCUACGGCGCAGUAUCACUCAUUUCCUAGUUCCGCCUCGCCCGCAUGGGAAAAAACGACAUCAUGGCAACACAGUGUCGAUACUUAUGCUCACCAUGCUCUUGCUGGACACACUGGAGGAUCGACGGCAGGAAUGGGAGCUCAUGGAGGACAUGCACAUCCUCAUGCUGGUCAUCCUCACACUGGACAUCCACAUUCUACACUAGCGUCUCCAUUUUAUGCUCAAAAUGUUGCUAUGAUGUCUUCUUGGAGAGCAUAUGACAGUGCUAGCUUUCAACGUGCUUCCCCUUAUGAUACGGCGAUGGACUUUCAGUUCGCCGAGGGACGCGAGUGCGUUAAUUGCGGUGCAAUUUCCACCCCAUUAUGGCGACGCGACGGUACUGGACAUUAUUUGUGCAAUGCUUGUGGGCUCUAUCACAAGAUGAAUGGCAUGAAUAGGCCUCUUAUAAAACCAUCCAAACGCCUUAUUUCCGAAUUCCAGACGGCGACCAGACGACUUGGACUUUGCUGCACCAAUUGUGGUACACGCACUACAACUCUUUGGAGGCGUAACAAUGAAGGGGAACCAGUUUGUAAUGCAUGUGGUCUUUAUUUUAAAUUACACGGAGUAAACCGACCUUUAGCCAUGCGUAAAGACGGAAUACAAACACGUAAACGCAAACCGAAAAAGACACCGGAAACUAAUGCGUCUCGAACAUCUUCCGGACAUGAACAUGAGACUUCCACUUCUACCAAUUCAUCGCCAUCAAAUGAUUUAAAAAAUAGUCAACAGCAUCAAAUAGAGUCAGCAAAGUCAUCAUCAUCUUCAUCUUCAUCAUCCUCAUCAUCAAUAUCAACUGAUAGACCAGUGUAUCUAGGUCAUACAUCACUAUUAGCAACUGGUGGAGUACCAGCAGUAAAGACAGAGCCACGAAGUUGUGAUGGUUUAGUUGGACAAACAUAUUCUUCUUAUUAUCAACAUCCUCAUCAAUUAGAUACUCCUACCAGUGAACAUCAACAGCCCCAAAAUUAUUACAAUGCUCAGGACACUUAUCAUCACCAACAUCAUGUAGCUACUGCUGCUAAAUUGCUUGCUUCUACUUAGAAAAUUAUAGAUAAUGCUAAUCAAUGAUUUAUGUACUAAAAUUGAGUACUCGAUGUGUGAUAUUUAAGUUAUAUUUUUUGCACACGCCAUACUAUCUUCAUGUAAAACACCUUUUAAUUAAAAAUUAAAAGUUAAUAAUUUAAUUUUAAUCGUUGUCGUUUUUGUAAAUACUU